AUGAUCAAUUUCGCUGGUAUCGUAUCAAUCGCUCUGUUCUACGUGCUGAUCCUAGCCGUAGGGAUAUGGGCGGCCAGGAAGAAAGAGGCUGGAAACGACUCCGAGGAGGAAGUCAUGCUAGCGGGUCGUUCGAUUGGACUGUUUGUCGGAAUAUUUACGAUGACAGCGACUUGGGUGGGCGGUGGUUACAUCAAUGGUACAGCAGAAGCGAUUUACACGAGAGGUCUUGUUUGGUGCCAGGCCCCAUUCGGAUAUGCCCUUAGCCUCGUGUUUGGUGGCAUAUUUUUCGCGAACAAAAUGCGCGAACAGGGGUACAUCACGAUGUUGGAUCCUCUUCAGGACGCGUUUGGCGAACGAAUGGGGGGUCUUCUGUUUCUUCCUGCUCUCUGUGGUGAGGUGUUCUGGGCGGCGGGUAUUUUGGCAGCUCUGGGUGCUACAUUAGCAGUCAUAAUCGACAUGGACCAGGGUGCCUCGGUCAUUUUGAGCGCCUGUAUUGCUGUUUUGUACACUCUCUUCGGAGGUCUUUAUUCUGUUGCUUACACUGAUGUUAUUCAACUUUUUUGCAUCUUCAUCGGGCUGUGGAUGUGUAUCCCAUUCGCGUGGACGAAUUCGAAGGUAGAAUCUCUUAGUUCAAUGGAUGUGGAUUGGAUCGGCGAAGUGCAGCCAAAGGAGUACUGGUCGUAUAUAGAUUACGGCCUGUUGUUAGUGUUCGGCGGGAUUCCGUGGCAAGUGUACUUUCAAAGGGUCUUGUCUUCAAAAACGGCGGGAAGAGCUCAAGUGCUGAGUUACGUGGCUGCCAUUGGCUGUAUCCUCAUGGCUAUUCCGCCUGUGCUGAUUGGAGCCAUCGCCAAAGCGACACCUUGGAACGAGACAGGUUACACCGGUCCCUAUCCACUUACUCAGGACGAAACAAGCAUGAUUCUACCAAUGGUCUUGCAAUAUUUGACUCCAGACUUCGUUUCGUUUUUCGGGUUAGGCGCAGUAUCAGCAGCAGUAAUGUCUUCAGCAGAUAGUAGCAUUCUCUCGGCUAGUUCCAUGUUCGCCAGAAACGUGUAUAAAUUGAUCUUCCGUCAGAGGGCGUCGGAAAUGGAGAUCAUCUGGGUGAUGCGCGCAGGCAUUGGCGUAGUGGGUGUCCUGAGCACCGUGAUGGCAUUGACGAUCCCCUCGAUCUACGGCCUCUGGUCGAUGUGCUCGGACUUGGUCUACGUGAUCCUCUUCCCCCAACUGUUGAUGGUGGUCCACUUUAAAGACUACUGUAAUACAUAUGGUAGUCUGUCUGCCUAUAUAAUCGCCUUCGUGGUCAGGAUCAGCGGAGGCGAGCCGAUGAUGGGUCUACCCGCGUUGAUCCAUUAUCCAGGCUACGACGAGGAAACCGACACCCAAGGGUUUCCCUUCAGAACAAUGGCGAUGUUGACGUCCCUUGUAACUCUGAUCGGUGUGUCCUAUGGCACACAGGUGGCCUUCCUGACUGGUAGACUGGCUCCUGGCUACGACAUCUUUAGGUGUAUCGUUAAUAUACCUGAAGAUGUCGAGAGAGUUGGACCAGAUCCGGCUGAAGGUGAACAAAUGGCUGUCCUAGCUGCUGGAGCUGGCAGGCUUUAUGGCAGCAAAGAUGAAUCGAACGGACGAGUUAAUCCUGCGCUCGAGCCGGACUACGACAUGGACCCGGGAUACAAGAUCGCAGGGAUGACGGAUAGCGACGUUGGCGGAGGUGGCGGCGGUGGACACCUCGCCCCUCAUGCAGCAAACGUGCCUAGACAGCCCCAAUCCAGCACCGCGUUUUAAUUCCUGGUUCCGUGAUCGGAUGCUGUGACCAACAAUAAGCGCGGCGGUGCGGGUUUGUGUUUUAUUGGAGUUUGAAGUUUUUGUUGGUGAGUGGUUUUAUUCAGUUCUUUUUUCACAUCACUGUGUUUUUUCUGGUUAGUUUCUGGCGUGGGGAGUAUGUUUUUAUAGAAAAAUAGAUAAUUCAGAGAGUAUUAUUGAUAGUUUGAUGGUGUAUUUGAUUGUCAAUAGGCCUUUUGAUAAGACGGACGACGACCUUUCCUAGACCUUAUAUGUUACACACGUAUCAGAACGAACUUCACUUAAACAUAACUUACUUAAUUGAUAUGUAUUCGUUUUAGAUCAGACCAGAACCAAACGAUAAAUUACAGUCCUAACAUAGCAAUGCAGUUUUCUAAUUUUUAGUUUUUACAAUACAGUUUAUAAACCCAUUUACUCAUGCAUUCGUAUUGAAAAUUUUAACUCGCGAUACACUCUACGUACGAGUUCCUCUUUACUCGUGCACACCCGUAACAUAAUGAGUAGGUACCAAACUUCGAUCGAAAUUAAACAGCGCAUAAAAAUAAUACAGAUAUAACUUACCAAUAAUCCAGAUCCGAUCCAGACCUGAUGUAGAAAUAAUUUAAAUACAGAGCGAAUUCGUUACACAUUUGAUUAACAAAGAAUUGCAGACCUAACAGAGCAAUAA